GAGCCUAAGGAGAUUUAAGGAUUACAACACAAGUGUCUGCGCGGAGAGGCAGCGGCUUUGGGGGAUGUGCCAUGCUUUACUCGGCAUCCGGCCACCGCACGACUUUAGACCAAUGGAAGAAAAAAGCAGCAAAAGUUGAACUGAAUGACACCCAAAAGCAAGAAAUUAAAGAGGCCUUUGACUUAUUCGAUAUCGAUGGGUCCGGAACCAUAGAUGUGAAAGAACUGAAGAUUGCAAUGCGGGCCUUAGGGUUUGAGCCGAAGAAGGAAGAAGUUAAACAAAUGAUAGCUGACAUUGACAAGGAAGGCACUGGCACCAUUGCUUUUGAAGAUUUUUUUGCCGUUAUGAGUGUAAAAAUGAGUGAGAAGGAUGAGAAAGAAGAAAUCCUGAAGGCGUUUAAAUUAUUUGAUGACGACAGUACUGGAAGCAUAUCACUAAACAACAUCAAGAGGGUUGCCAGGGAACUAGGGGAAAACUUAACAGACGCCGAAUUACAGGAGAUGCUUGAUGAAGCCGACCAUGACGGGGAUGGAGAGAUAAACGAGGAAGAAUUUUUGAGAAUGAUGAGGAAGACCAGUAUUUAUUAGCUUUGCCUUCUAGGAAGUCUUGACAGCUUGCCCGUUCAGCAGUUCAGUAAUUUAAUACUUUAGCGCAUUCAUUUCCAUUUUUAGUUUCUGGGCUCAGCUUGGUCUCCUGCUGUGUAAUCCAUGUAAGAAGUUAUGCGUCUCUACCGGUGUCAUUAAAUCUGUAGUAGCAAGAAACAAAAGCAUGGCUUAUUUGAGCAUCGAGCCCCCAACAGUAUUUCCAUGUGCUAUUUUUUAAACCUCUAGGUUUCAAAAACAUUUAAAAUUUAUUUUUCAGUUUAAUAAACUUGGCCCCAGAUCCAGAUAUAAU